AUGCGCGAGAACCAGGAGGAGAGGAACAAAGAAGAGCCUGAGCCCAAAUUCAGGCUGCGGGUGUCGCGAAUGGGGGGUUAUACGUAUGGAGGAGGAUACCAAGCUAUCCCGCGUGGUCGUAGUCCUAGUCCGAGCCCGGUCGCGAUGCCCACUGCGGUGAUCGGUGGAGCUGCUAUGGGGAUGAGUUAUGAAGGUAGUAUGGACGUAGGGUACACAAACAAUAGGGCAGAACGUCAGGCAGCUAAUGCGGAACGUAAAACCCAUCGAAGGAUGCAGAAAGGUCAGCGUAAGGGUCUUUUAAGUGGAAUAGGUAAAGCAGAGCGUGCGGCUGCUGCGUAUCUUCUGGAACAGUAG